AUGAGGGCUCAGGUGGCUGACACGGCCGGAUCCGCGCCUAGGCGUACUACCACAUCUGUUAGUCCACAACGAACACUAAACCAGGAAUUUAGUCAAAAACACAACAACAGGGAUCAGGAGGAGGAGGAGGAGGAGGAGGAGGAGGAGGAGGGGGAUGACUGGGCAGUCAUGCUCAAGACCUGUAUACUCAGCGGGAGCGUAAGCGCAUCUAUCGGCAGGGAGCCAGAUGCUAGAGACCUGAGAGCGCGCACACCAGGCUUCGAAAGCCACGUUCUGUUGAAUUCUGACAUAACAGGCGCACGCAAACUUUAAGGCCCAGAAUAUGGCACACAGGCCUGCUCUGAGCCUAUACCAACACCAAGUUCGCGCAUUGAUUUCCUCGGAAAUUAAACAAGGCAAGCCGAAACUGGAGUUCAUAUACCAGAAAACACAGAGGGAAAGCUGGGAGACCCACUGACGAGCCGAAUCCCUCGCAGCUGCUUCAGGCAGCGGCAUAAGAUCGACAAAACACGCGUGUCUGGACUUUUAGCUAAUACCUGUGUUGUUAGUACGGUAAAUCAUUGCCCAGCUCUAUAUCAAUACCCUUCAAAUUCAGGAAUAUCGAUAGUAGUGAAAAUGAGAUUACAAACUGCCAUUUUAAAAGACGAAAUGACCUUCAUCUUGAGAGGUUUAAUGGAGGUUCGACGUCUCGAGUGGUUAUUUCGCUUCCCAUUUUUAGAGACCAGAAAGUAUUGCACACAGCGGGUCGGAUACGGCCACAAAGGCGGCAUUGGCGGAUUACGCAUCAAACAAUGUGCGCAUGGAGCGGUUCUAG